AUGUCUUCCACUAAUAAAAGAAUAGCACUUCCAGCAAGAGUUGAGCCAAAGGUCUUUUUCGCUAAUGAAAGAACUUUCUUAUCAUGGUUGAACUUCACUGUCAUUUUAGGUUCAUUGGGAGUAGGUUUAUUGAAUUUCGGUGAUUACGUUGGUAGAAUUUCAGCUGGAUUAUUUACUUUUAUUGCCAUGUUGACCAUGGUUUAUGCUUUGGUUACUUAUCAUUGGAGAGCAAAGGCAAUUAGAUUGAGAGGAUCUGGUCCAUAUGAUGAUAGGUUCGGACCUACUAUGUUGUGUUUCUUCUUGCUCGUUGCUGUGGUGGUUAACUUUAUUUUGAGGAUAAGAGCUUAG